AACUAAACCAACAACCCUUCACUUAAUUAUGAUAUAAUACAAUUUAAUGGCGUCCAUGUUCGUUUGGUGCUACAUACAUAUUUUAUGUAAUUAUUACCAUAGUCCAGAUUGGCUCCAUGUGGUCCAUCCUUUAAUUUAAUUUCAUACGGAACUUCCAAAACAUCUUACUGUAAAUUUCUUGGAAGUUUCUCUACAGAAAUUACUUAUAUGUUUGAUUCCGUAUAUGCUGAAAGAAUGACCCUGCAGACUUGGUGCUAUGACAGAAUUGUUUCCAGAGCGCUGAAAAUAUUCUUGGGGAGUACCAUUUGUGAAAUAUCCUCCUCUUGUAAGUUUUUCCUUUUCCUUUUUCAAAUUGUAUGUGUCUCUUUAAUUCUUUUAGAGCUUAGUUUCUCACUGCUUGUAGUUAAUAGAUGACUAAGUUCAGCAACUUGAAACCGACAGAUUGAAGAAGUUUCUCAAAUUUUGCAACUUGAAAUAUUAGGCUGGUGGAUAUUCAUAUAGCUAAUGUGUUGAACCCUAGAAUGUCGACGUCAAUAAAUUCAAACAUGGAAAUUCAUGGGUUGAAGACUCAAAUCUUACAAUCUUUCCCUCUUAGCUUCAACUUGAAAUCGAUUUAAGAGAUAUAACCUCUUACUGUGAUUUCCAUGGUUGGUUUGUGUUAAACCUUAGCCCGAAGAAAUUCUCAACAACUGAUAUAAGAGUUUAAGAUUGGUUGGAUCUUUGAACACAUAUAUUCAUGAAUUCCUCAAACACAACUACAAAGUUGUGAUCAUCUGGGAUGGUUUCACCAUUAGGUGGAAUUGCGGACUAAUGGAAGUUUAGCAGUUUUAUAUAUAAAGUGGAGAGACUAACUAAUGGCAGUCGCGGAAGCUGACGAUGUUUUAAUUACAAUUAAUGAAAAGCUCGAUAGUAUUGUAGGCUCACACUCUGAAUGUUGCAUCUUUAGAGUGCGCGAUGCGUUGAGAAACGUAAAUGAUAAAUCUUAUGAACCCGAGAUUAUCUCGAUUGGACCGUAUCAUCGAAACAAACCUCAUCUCCAAAUGAUGGAGGAACACAAGUGGCGGUUCCUCAAAUCGCGAAGAGAUGAUGAAUUGCGACAUUGCGUCGCGGCUAUGAGGUCAUUAGAGGAAAAGGCACGAAGAUGCUAUUCGGAGCCAAUAGACAUUUCAUCGAAAGAUUUUGUCACCAUGUUGUUGUUAGAUGGAUGCUUUGUACUUGAGUUAAUCAGAAAGUUUAAGAUUUAUAAGGAUCCGGCGCAACUGGCAUUGAAUGGUCCCCGGCAAGAAAAUACCGAGAACGAUCCUGUUUUCAGAAUGGAAUGGAUUCUGGCAACUUUGCAGCGAGAUCUAAUGCUGUUUGAAAAUCAACUUCCUUUCUUCGUUUUGUGUAAACUGCAUGAAAUGAUUGAGCCUCCAGGUCAACUCGACCAACUAAUGGGUACGGCAUUGGAGUUUUUCAAUGAUCUUUUGCCAGUCCGUGGAGAAAAGCGCCAACUUUCAGCACCUCGAGCCGACAACAUCAAACAUUUGCUUGAUUUGAUACACAGAUGUUGGUCCAGCCUCAACCCUGUACAUAACCGGGAUUCGACGUGGAACCAUGAUACUGUGGAUUUCAUUGGAAGUUCCACUGAACUGGCCGUGGCGGGAAUCAGGUUUGAGAAGAUGGAGACAGUCACAUUUGACGUUGUAUUCAACGACGGAUUGCUGCAAAUCCCGGUCUUCGUCGUGGAAGACAGAACAGAAAGCUAUCUUAGGAAUCUCAUUGCACACGAGCAACACUGUGGGAAUGCUAGCUUGAACAUCGUGACAGAUUACAUGGCAUUUUUCGGUUGCCUCAUUAAGUCUGUUGAAGAUGUUCAGACACUGUCGCGACACGGGAUUCUACGUAGUUUUGUAGGCGACAGUGAAGCUGUUUGUCGAAUGUUUCGCACUAUGGAUAGCUGCAUCGUUGGUCCGGGUAAGAACUUGCAUUAUGCUCCCUUGUUCAAGAAAGUGAACAGCCACUGCGACAGAUGUUUGAAUAAAUGGAUGGCGAGUUUUCAGCGCAAAUAUAUACAUAGUUCUUGGGGUAUAAUUUCAAUUCUUGCUGCCUCUACAUUGUUGCUGCUGGCUUUGCUGCAGGUUAUAUAUCAGAUUAAGUGUGCUGGAUAGCCUUAGUUUUGGCUAAACAAUCAAGGCACCAUAUGCAACUUCAGUGUUAAACAAGACAUUAUGUAGUUUGCAGGAGAGAUUUAAAUAUGCUUCCUAUUAUUAAUAAUUAGUCUUUUGGUGUCGUGCGUGACCAGUUCAUAUGUCAGAAUUUUUUACUCUGUUGUCUGUGAUAAGUCCUUUUUGCUUCAUGUUUAAUUGAGUUUUUUCUAU